UUGUUUGUGUGUCAGAGUGUGACCCCACACACCUGACAGUCAACUCUGAUCAUAUUUGGAUUGUUUCUGCGAAGCAGUGCGCGCGCAGAUUUCGGAACCAACGUACCGGAAGUAGAAAGCUAACCGGCUUGGCGAGGCUCUCACAUCAACUGAUCAUCAUGCGGUCUAAGAGAAAAAAACCGAAUUUGUUAGCAGAAGAAACCAUACUUAAGAAUAAAGAUUUAGAAGGAUUCAAGAUGGAUAUCAUACCUCCAAAAGGUCGAGGAGUAAGAACAACAAUUGAGAGGUGUAAAGGAGACUUUUUGCUUGCCUAUCAUGGGGAGUUAAUCAGUGGAGAAGAAGGAAUGAAACGAGAAAAAAAAUCUGACUCUGUGUUCAGAUACUUCUUUUUCUUUAAAGGAACACAAUGGUGCAUUGAUUCCACUUUAGAAGUUGAUAGUGGCCAGUGGAUGGGGAGACUUGUCAAUCACGGAACACAUAGGGAACAAAACUGCAAGAUGAGAUGCAUUGAAGUUAAUCAGGUUCCAAAACUAUGUCUUUUUGCAAUUAGAGAUAUCCCGGCUGGCGAAGAACUCUUAUACGACUAUGGAGUAGCAGAUCUGCCAUGGGAGGUUUGUUUAGCAUUUUGAAUUAUGUAAUUUUAUUUAACAUAUUACAGAGUAAAUGUACCAGUGUAACUGUAAGUAUAAACAGAGCCACUGAAUUUUAAAACUUCAUAUUGCUGAAAAGUUAAACAUAUUCUUAUUUCAAGAAAUAUAGAUAAUAAUGCCAAAAAACUUGUGCUUAGAUGUUCUUCAUUAUGUUCCCCGUAGCUAAUCUGCUUCAAUUUGCCCUUAUUCGUCUGUGUGUAUUUGUGCAUGUUUGUCAUACUAUCACUAUCAAUCUGGUGUCAUGCAAAAGUUGUAAAGUAUUUGUGCUAGAGCUAAGAAACUUUGUGGGAUUGUUCCUCAGGUGUUGUAGUUAUGCACCUUGCAUUUCGUUUACUCGCGCAUAAAAUUUUGUAGAGUCAUUGACAAAUGCAUAAAUUGGGGUCAUAUGUGUCCUAUGGAUGCAAUUCUAGUUGGUUACUGGGAGUGAAUGUUCCUGACCACAGUGGACCAAUUUUUGCUUUAAGUUAACUGUACUGUUGUCAUUUUUAUCAGAUAUGUUUGAGGUCCAAUGGUCUUUCAUGAUGACUGAAAUAGGUUAAAUCAUGUAUGCUAAUAUAAAAUGCUAUUUUUGUUCUUUUUUUUAUCACAUUUUAGAACAAAAAAUCAAAAGGUAAAGUAGUUCACUUUGUUCAAAGGGAUGUAAUGAUACUGUUAUUUUGUUACCAGUUUUUGUUUUUGUUUUGUUAUUUUCACAUUUAGCUUGUCUGUUGUUGUUAUUUGAAAAGAAUAAUUCUCAGUUACUGUGACAUCUGCUGGAUUGUUGUCAUUGUGAUAACAUCUAGAUGUUGGCACACAAGGUGGUGCAUUUGUAAUUUAAUUGUUCAAGUGUGGAAUUUUAUACAAUUUUUGUCAAGCUCGCUUGCGGAAGCUGAUAUAGUUGUCACAACGGCAGUUCCGUGUUUGUUAGUCAGUCAGUAAGUUAGCGUGUCAUUCGAAUUUUGUGUCCGGGCUGUAUCUCCCUCACUUAUCAUCAGAUUUUAAAAUAACUUGGCAUAACUCAUCAACGCAAGAAGGCGAUGUGUCAAUUGAAUGAACCAUGACUGAUGGUCAAAGGUCACACUUCAAGGUCAAAUGCUGAAAUUCAAUGUUUUUAUCCUUGUAUGGGCUGUAUCUUCCCCAUUAAUGAUCAUGUUUUAAAAUAACUUGGCAUAAGUCGGUGGUGUGUCACAUACAAGAACAAUGAAUGUUGGUCACAAGUCAAGAUCACACUUCAAGGUCAAAUUCUGAAAUGCCUCAUUAGGCCAAAAAAAGGUGUGUUUCCAAUUACAUAUCAAAAAAAAAUGUAGGGUCGGGGGUUGGAAACAUUUUUUUUUUGCUUUUAUAUUUUAUUCAUGCGCUAUAAUUCAGUACAAAUUUGCCUUGCAUCACCAGGAACAAAGUGUAUUCACAAUAAAUAUGUUUGUGUGUACUGGCAUGUAACAUCCGAGUGUUCAGUAUGGGAUUAAAAAUAAAUUAAAGCAAAAAAAUGACAUUUUGACAACUGAUUUUACCAUGCAUAUUUAAAAGUAUUUAUUACACGAGUAUGUCUUCGGAAAGCAUGAAGGACGCCAUCUUGGAAGAUUUCGGUAAUUUGAUUAUUGAGCCCGAACUUAUUAGAGAUCGAAAAACGAAGUGUACGAGAGUUAAGGACUGGAAAUGACUAAAAAAGUUAGGGUCGGGAGAAAAUUUUAGGGUCGGUCGGGUAAUCGGAAACACACCUACCUUUUCUUUUGCCUUAUGUUUGUAAAGCUGUAUCUACCUCAGUUAUCAACAGAUUUAAAAUGAGUUGGCAGGAGAGAUCACCACCAGAAGAUGAUGUGUCAUAUGCAAGAGUCAUGCGUAUUGGUCAAAGGUCAAAAGGUCACACUUGAAGGUCAAAUGCCCAAAUUGCAUAUUAUUAUGCUUUUAAUUCCGCACUGCUUCUCCGUCAUUUAUCAAUGCACUUCAGAAUAACUUGGCCUAAGUGAUCAACACCAGUAAGUGAACAUCAUACUUAAAGGUCAAAUAUUAAUAUCCUAAUGUAUACAGCUAGAAUAAGCGGCGGACUCGACAUGUUGGUGUUCUGCCGACAAACAUCUAGUUUCAGUAUUUUGAUUAGUGAAAGAAGUAUGAAUUGUGUAUUUAAAGGGACAUAGACACGUUCUGAGCUAAAAUUGUUCACAUUUUAGAUUUCCAUUUUUAAUGUUUACAAUGCUCACUUGGGUAUUUUUAAUGGUCAGCAAAAAUUUGAACAUCAUUUGUUGAGUUACAAGUGAGAUACAACACUUACAAUUCUUCACUAUGUAGUAUGUGCACAAGGCUCAAGCCAUGUUUUUGUUUACCUACAUACCUACAUUGAAUAUGUUAGUGUAACUUUCGUUUAAAGCAGAUUUUUUCAUAUUAUAAGUUUAUUCUGAACACAAUUCAACGUUCCUAGUGAUUCUCACAUCUCAUUUUGUUUUAAACAUGGUAAUUUCUGUGAAGCAAUCAUUAUGUAAACAAAAACAAGGUUCGAUCCUUGUUUACAUAGUGAAGAAUUGUAAGUGCUGUAUCUCACUUGUAACUCAACAAAUGACGUUCAAUUUUUUUUUUUCCUGACCAUUAGAAAUACCCUUAGUGAGCAAUGCAAAGAUAAAAAUGCAUGGAAAUCUAAAAUUUGAUUAUUUUUAGCUCAGAACGUUCCAAUGUCCCAUUUAGUUUCCGACUGCCAUUUACAUAUAUAGGUCAGGACCAAAAUGCACAUUAGACUAGUUUUUAAUAAUUAUGUAACUUCUAUUUGAGGACUUGAUUACAGUUGAGAGACAGUAUGCAAUGUAAGGUGAAUAUAUAGCAUUUUAUGAACAAACAUUGUGUGGUACAGGGAGCACACACACACAGUAAUUUUUCCCAUGAUGCAUCAGAGGAACUUUCCCAUGAUACAUCAGAGGAACAGCCAUUGUUGUUUUGUGACUUGAAACAAUGAACAAAACAAAAAAUGGAAUAUGAACUUUUAAAUUUGAUUCUUUUAAUAAUUUUAAUUAUUUUAGUAAUUAUUUUGAUAGUUGAACUGUCUCUUAUGUAUAAAACCAUCAGAAUUUUUUUACAUAUUUGGGAUAAACUUUAUGGUUAUGAAUGGUUACAUGGUUCGCCAGAGUGAUUUAUUAGUAUUAGAUGACGUUGGGAUUGAUGUGAGAAAUGAGCCAUCCAGUAUUGCUGAUAAAGCCUCCUCUACAAGCUCUCCUGAUUUUGAAAGCAGCACCGAAGGAAAUAGCUUAAGAGAUGACGUUGGGAUUGAUGUGAGAAAUGAGCCUUCCAGUAUUGCUGAUAAAGCCUCCUCUACAAGCUCUCCUGAUUUUGAAAGUAGCACCAAAGGAAAUAUCUUAAGAGAUGACAUUGGGAUUGAUGUGAGAAAUGAGCCAUCCAGUAUUGCUGAUAAAGCCUCCUCUACAAGCUCUCCUGAUUUUAAAAGCAGCAUCAAAGGAAAUAGCUUAAGAGAUGACAUGGGGAUUGAUGUGAGAAAUGAGCCAUCCAGUAUUGCUGAUAAAGCCUCCUCUACAAGCUCUCCUGAUUUUGAAAGCAGCAUCAAAGGAAAUAGCUUAAGAGAUGACGUUGGGAUUGAUGUGAGAAAUGAGCCUUCCAGUAUUGCUGAUAAAGCCUCCUCUACAAGCUCUCCUGAUUUUGAAAGUAGCACCAAAGGAAAUAUCUUAAGAGAUGACAUUGGGAUUGAUGUGAGAAAUGAGCCAUCCAGUAUUGCUGAUAAAGCCUCCUCUACAAGCUCUCCUGAUUUUAAAAGCAGCAUCAAAGGAAAUAGCUUAAGAGAUGACAUGGGGAUUGAUGUGAGAAAUGAGCCAUCCAGUAUUGCUGAUAAAGCCUCCUCUACAAGCUCUCCUGAUUUUGAAAGCAGCAUCAAAGGAAAUAGCUUAAGAGAUGAAGAUGGGAUUGAUGUGAGAAAUGAGCCAUCCAGUAUUGCUGAUAAAGCCUCCUUUUCAAGCUCUCCUGAUUUUGAAAGCAGCACCAAAGGAAACAGCUUAAGAGAUGACGAUGGGAUUGAUGUGAGAAAUGAGCCAUCCAGUAUUGCUGAUAAAGCCUCCUCUACAAGCUCUCCUGAUUUUGAAAGCAGCAUCAAAGGAAAUAUCUUAAGAGAUGACGUUGGGAUUGAUGUGAGAAAUGAGCCAUCCAGUAUUGCUGAUAAAGCCUCCUCUACAAGCUCUCCUGAUUUUGAAAGCAGCAUUAAAGGAAAUAGCUUAAGAGAUGACGAUGGGAUUGAUGUGAGAAAUGAGCCAUCCAGUAUUGCUGAUAAAGCCUCCUCUACAAGCUCUCCUGAUUUUGAAAGCAGCAUCAAAGGAAAUAUCUUAAGAGAUGACGUUGGGAUUGAUGUGAGAAAUGAGCCAUCCAGUAUUGCUGAUAAAGCCUCCUCUUCAAGCUCUCCUGGUUUUGAAAGCAGCACCAAUGAAAAUAGCUUAAGAGAACCAGAGGUCACAGAUGUCAGUGAGAUAGAGAGCUUCGAUGACACCGAUAAUGAACUAGAUUUCAGUUUUGAAUCCAGGACCAAAGGAAAAAGCUUUAUAGAACCAGAGGUCACAGAUGUCAGUGAGACAGAGAGCUUUGAUGACAACGAUGAUGACCCAGACUUCAGUUUAGAAUCUGACUGUGUGUCCAACUCAUCCGAUAUAUCUGACGUAAUACCUCUGAAUGAAAAUUCAGCAUUCUCUUUGAAAAAACAAACAAGUACAGGUGUAAAACGACGAUAUAAUAAACAAACAACUGUGUACACAUCAAAUCAAGAGGUAACUACAACCACAGAUGGUACUUCAACUAAAAAGGCAAAGAUUACAUCAAAUCAAGAGGUUACUUCAACCACAGAUGGUGCUUUAAAUAAAAAGGCAAAGAUUACCAUCCAGAAAAGUAAUAAUGAAAAGGGCAGAAAGUGGGAUAAAAAGGAGUACUGUCUUUUCUGUGAGAAAAGUUCGACAAACAUCAGAAAGCACUACCUAAAAUCACACAAAACAGAAACAGAAGUACAAAAAAUAAUGCGUUUGCCCCUGAGAUCAAAGAAUCGAACUGCAGAAAUAACACGCUUACGAAAUGCUGGAAACUAUAAACACAAUGUUAGUGUAUUAAAAAAGGAAAGUGGUGAACUUGUUGUUGUUGCAAGACAAUCAAAUGACUCAAAGCCAGAGGAUUAUCUUCCUUGUGAUGAAUGCUUGGGUUUUUUCUUAAAGGAAGGUCUUUGGAGGCACAAGCAGGUGUGCAAAUUACGCACAGGGAAGCAGAAGUCCAGGAGAGUCCAAGCAGAUGCAGCCCUACUCUUGCCUGCUUCUAACUCCAUACAUGCAGGACUGAAGGAGAAGGUUUUUGGCAAAAUGGUAAGGGAUGAGGUAACCAUCGCUGCACGUAAUGAUGCUAUUAUACUGAAAGUUGGUGAAAAACUGUAUCAAAAACAUGGACAUUUGACACAUCUCUAUUCCCACAUCAGUCAAAAAAUGAGGGAACUUGGGCGGUUUUUGAUAUGCGCAAAAACCCAAGAUUUAAGCAUCAAUUGUUUAAAUGACAUUAUUGACCCUGAGAAGUUUCCAUUGGCAGUUAAGUCCACCAAGGUUUUGUGCGAGUUCAAUGAAGUGACAAAUACUUACAAAAAUCCUUCUUUAGCUCUCAAGUUAGGACACCUGCUGAAAAAAUGUGCAAAAGUGGCAAAAUCAGAAGCCCUGAUCAAUGGCGAUGUUGAGGGAGGAAGCAGAGCAGACAAUUUCUUGACACUCUGCGAGAACGAAUGGACUGAUGAAAUUUCAAGUUCUGCUUUGCAAACAUUGACAAGAAACAAGAUGAACAAAGGCUACUUGUUGCCAUUAUCGGAAGACAUCAUACGACUCAACAAAUUCCUAGACCAAAAAACAGAGUCCCUACUGGAAACGCUUCAUAACCGUUUUGACAGGGCUGAAUGGGAAUUGCUCAAUCAGAUGACUUUGGCCCAGCUUGUACUGUUUAAUCGUAGGCGCGGUGGAGAAACUCAGAGAUUGCUGGUAGGUGCUUACUGUUUAAGAACACAGAACAAAGAUUGUCCGCAAGAAGUUAUGGAAGCUCUAAGUGCAACUGAAAGAAUCCUUCUGGACACAUUGUCAAGAGUGGAAAUCAGGGGUAAAAGGGGGCGCACUGUUCCAGUUCUACUGACACAAAAGGCUAAGAGGUGCAUUGAACUUCUUUUGAGAUGGAGAGAUACAGCAGGUGUUGCCAAAGAAAAUAAAUAUGUAUUUCCUAGGCCUAACUAUGGUUCUUUAGAAGCACUGAGGAGUGCUGAUGUCUUGAGGACUUUUUCAAAGGCAGCAGGUUUGACCAAUCCAGAAAUGAUUACAAGCACGAGACUUCGAAAACAUGUAGCCACAGUUGCACAGGUUUUAAGUUUGAACAAGAAUGAUCUGGAAAUUAUGGCAACCUUUAUGGGCCAUGACAUAACCGUUCACCGAUCUUUUUAUCGGCUUCCUCAGGAAACUCUACAGGUCGCUAAAAUGGGACGCCUACUGACAGCUUUGAAUAAUGGAUCAAUUGGACAAUACAGCGGAAAGUCUCUAGAGGAAAUUCCUUUGGACGAGACUGCCGAGUUAAGCAGUGAGGAAGAAAUGGACGAGAAUGAUAAUCAAGAGGACCAAGAGGAUGAAGUACAAGGCAUUCAGAAUCCUGAAUCAUCUGACAUGGACAAUCUGACAGUGGCUAAACCCAGUGCAACUGUGACCUCAUCACGCCAACCCAGUACAACUGUGACCUCAUCACGCCAACCCAAAUGUGUACAAAAACUCAGUGAAGAACAGAGUCAGCUCCUGAAGUCGCUGUUCAAAACCAAUAUCGCUUUGAGAAAGGAACUUCGGUGUGAAGACUGUGAAAAAGUGAUAAAGAAAUAUGAAGUUCUGAGCAGAUUGUCCUGGAAAAAAAUAAAGAACACCAUUCAUAACUGGAUUACUAGUGAAAAGAAAAAAACCAAGAAGUUGAUAUAGACCUGUAGACUGUUAAUUCAAACAUGAUCCCACUUUUCCUUACAUUGGACAAAGAAGAAAAUCAACCGUGUUUUAUCACGCAAUAAUUUAAAGCAGUCUAAAAAUAGCAUCAGUCAGUGCCUGUUGAGGUUUCCUUUCCUUUUCCUUUUUAAUAAAUCGAUUUGUAAAGACAAUUUUAUUAAUUUCAGACGUAACAAAUAAUAUGAUUUCAUUUUAUAUAUACAAUAGCUAAUUUACAUUAUUAUUUUAAGAAUUUGAAUUCUCUCUGAUGUCAAAGUUCUGUGAUGAUGACUUGACGUCGCAGAUGCACACUUCAAUAAUACAGUUCCGUUUUGUUUUAGGUUAAAACCCACUAAUUGUAUAUGUUAGAAUCGAAAUAAUAACUGCGUUACCAUAUUGUUGUAUCGUUGAAUAAAUUGUCUCGACUGAUCAUAAAACUGUGAGUUUUUACUGCAUCGUAUAGUGUAGAUUUUACUAUGAUGAUUUUUCUACAUGUGUAUAGAGAGAAAAUGCUUAUCAUGUUAGAAUACACAUUCUAUCAUUCAGUAGAUUUGUAAAAGAGGUGCUUUAACAUAUUCCUUAUGUUAUUUUUAAUGUUACAUAGUACCGGGCAUUUCUUCAUAUAGACUAUGUUACCCUGGGGAACACUUCUUUCUCCAUUCUCAUGUUUUAAUGAUUAUUAACUGAUAAGUUCCUUGGAAACUUUUGAACAAUUUCUAUAUAAAUAGAUUAUACUUGCACAAUAGUUAGUAUAUUUUUCUUUAUAGUUAAGGCAUUGUGACAUGUACAAAAAUUUGUUUCUUAAUUAAAUGUUUUAUGUUGCUUUAUUCACUCUUAUAAUAUAUGUGUUGGAAUAAAUUUCUAUAAUUAUGCAUAUAUAACUUGAUCUUUUCCAGAAGAUUGUAGAACUUCACAAUUUAAAUGUUAUAAGGAACUUAGAGACAAUGAAGCCCCUUGACAUAUAAAACAAACAUUUUUGGGAUUAAAAAUUUAAUAUAAUACUGCUUGGUGUUGUGCAAGAUGGUUUUGCUCUUGAAGAAUAUACGUAUGUUGGAAAAAUAAACUUUUUUUAAUCUAUUUUUUUUUUCUUAUGGAUUGUUUUUAUAGAUAGUAUUACCUUUAAACAAAGAUUUAUAAGUUAAAUAAUUUGUGCACAAAAAUAUGCAUUUAAUAAAACAAAAAAAAUACUGUGCAUAAUGUUUAAAUUAGCAAAAAGAAGGUUUUGUCAAAAUAAUUUGUUGAAAUGCCAAUGUUUAGUUCAUAAUUGUUAUAUUUGCCAAUGUUGAUAAUGUUGGUAUGUAUGUGACAAAAGUAUGUCUAAAUCAAUUAGGCCAAAUAAAAAAUAUGUAUGGUUCCGGUGCCCGACCGAACCUAUUUUUCCCCCCACCCAAGCACUUUAUAGUGGACUGCCAAAAAUAAAAGAAAUGGGUAAAUUAACUUUUCUGAUAAAGUAUUUUAUUUCCAUUAACAUUUUUAUCAGACCUGCUUAAUUUUAAUUUUUUAUCAUUCAAAGGAAUGAGUAGUACGGGCUAUAUAACCACAUUCCAAACGAGACCACCAAAUUCAAAAAUAAAAGAUAAAUUAAAAUGUUAAAAAUCCCAGGCAACCGACCCUAUUUUUUUGGUAGGGGGGGGGGGGGGGGGCAUGUAUCCAGAACCAUACAAUUUUUUUUUUCAUUUGGGCUUUUCAAUAGUUGUAUUGAUUGUAUUUUUCUCAACAAUGUACAGUAUUGUUUCUUUUCCAACUUUCUUUUAAAAAUAGUACAUGCUUGUAAGCUUUGUUUAACUUGUAAUUGAUUUAAUAAACUUGUAAACUUGUUAA